AUGGCGUUCUUGUUCCACAAGAAACCGAUAGCCUACAGUGCUCGAACACUUGGAACCCUGCUUGAGAAGUAUAAGGGCUAUGCCGAAGAGAUCUCACCAUGCGGAAAUGAGACCAAACAGUACGAUGAAUUGAACAACGCUGUAGAAUUAAUCAGCGGAGGGAUGAAGCUCAUAAAACAGAGCAGAGAUGCACUCCAAGUCUUAGUUGACAAAUUGGAGAAAGAGUUCGAUGACCUGAAAAUGAAAGGCAGUCGCAAAGAACUCGUGAGUGAAAUCGAGGACAUUGAAAAAGAAACUCAAUUCAGUGAAAAAAUCGCUGCUGCCAAUGACACGCUGUACGUGCUAGAAGCGCGACUGAAUGAGACUCGCUCAAAAGUAAAGAGAAUAGUGAGAAAACUGGACAUGCCAGUAAACACCGAAACGGUGUCCACACCUAGCGAAAUAGCAAUGAAAGGUGUAAGCAGCGGAGAGGAAAGAGAAUUUUCCCCCAAUGCAACUGAAUGGCUAUCUGAAGACCUAUUAGUAAAUAGUGUCACAGAGUCAGAGGACCUGAUAUGUCGCACUCUGAAGCCAAAACAACUCAAGGGUAAUGUAAAGUAUGCGCUCCCGCAAUCCACCGUCAUAGCAAGUGAUCCCGAUUAUGAUCCUGAGCUUAUCCAAACCGCUUUGCAAGCGCACGAAGCUUUGGGAUACUCAGAAACUACUGCAGCUAAAUUCUGGGACCGUUGGAACGUAGAGUGCCGAGAUUAA